AUAAGAAGCAGAAAGUAUAUUACGAUAAGAAGUUCUGAAUAGUUGGUACUCUCUGGUUGGUACACUUUGCCGCGGGAGCGUGAAUUGAAUUGGCGUGAAUGGCGCAGGCUUAUAGUAGGAUAUAAACACAUUCGAAAUAAAUCAGGUGUUGUAGUUUAAUCCAAUCGGGAGCUUAUAUGUCGCUACAGAAAUUUCACUAUGGGGACGUUCAAGCUCUCGAUUAGCAUGGUUAAAUAAAUCGUAGUACAAACACUCCUUGGCAGGCAAGAACAGGGCAUGACGUGUGAAGCGAAUGAAGGCGGGAACGACUAUCAUUUCGAUGCCAAUCAUUGUUCAAAUUUAAUUCGAAAAUUGCUAAUGGGGAUUUCAAGCUGCCAGAGCUCAACUCUUCGGGGACUAGUUAUGUGAAUUACAAAUACCUUUGAAGAAAACCAGAAUGUUUAAUAAUGUAUCUUUAUUUUGCAUCGUAUAUUUGGGGUUAUAAGUAGGCUGAUGUAAAAAUGUUGAUCGAGGAAUUCGUGAAACCCUAGGAAAUCACUCAUUGUAAAAAGGGCUUCUCUUCAAGGAAAUACUACCUAUUUUAAUAAAGACAUUUCCACAUUUUUAUGUUUUUUUGAGGUGCUGGUUCUAUUCAUGUUUUUAAUUCUGAAAUAUUUGCGGUGUUCGGUCGGUGCUUUUUCCCGAUUUUCGUCGAACAUUUCAGCAACAAAAAUGAAGGUAUUAAAUGUUGCCGAGAAAAACGAUGCUGCUAAAACUUUAGCUGGGUUUAUGUCCUCAAAUAUAAAGCGAAGAGAAGGCUUUUCAAAGUUUAACAAAAUAUAUGAAUUUGAGUACAUGUUAUUUGGACAAAAAUGUGAUAUGAUUAUGACAUCAGUUUCUGGACAUUUGUUGGGAUUAGAAUUUGUGGGUUCAUACAGGCACUGGAGAUCUUGCAAUCCUCUGUCUCUGUUUGAUGCCCCUGUAGUAAAACAGUGUAUACCGGGUUAUGAAGAUAUAAAGCGAACUUUGGAAAGAGAAAUACGAAAAUGCUCUGUAUUAAUAAUUUGGACUGAUUGUGACAGAGAGGGAGAAAGCAUUGGUUUUGAAGUUAUAGAGGUGUGCAAAGCAGUAAAGCCAAGUAUUAAAAUUUAUCGAGCUAAAUUUUCAGAGAUAACCUCUCAGUCUGUGAAGAGAGCUUUGCAAAAUCUAGCUCAACCUGAUAAAAGAACAAAUGAUGCUGUCGUAGUGAGACAAGAGCUAGAUUUACGCAUAGGGGCUGCAUUUACUCGUUUCCAGACACUUCGUUUGCGUCAAGUUUUCCCUCAAAAUCUAAGUGACUCUCUUGUCAGCUAUGGCAGCUGUCAGUUUCCUACACUUGGCUUUGUUGUUGAAAGGUACAAAGCUAUUGAAAGUUUCAUUCCAGAAUCCUUUUGGAAGAUAAAAGUUAUCCAUGAAAAGAACGACUUGUGUGUUGACUUCUCUUGGAAACGUGUUCGCCUCUUUGAUCAGCUUGCAUGUCAAUGUUUCUAUGAUUUAUGUAUAGAAAAUCCUGUUGCAACUGUUGUGUCUGUGAACAGUAAACCAAAAAGCCGAUGGAGGCCCUUACCGCUUGACACUGUUGAAUUAGAAAAAGUUGGGUCAAGAAAAUUGAAAAUAAAUGCAAAAGAAAUAAUGAGAAUAGCAGAAAAAUUAUAUACUCAAGGUUUUAUUAGUUAUCCACGUACAGAAACCAAUAUUUUUCCAAAGGAAAUAAAUCUUUCUAAUUUGAUAGGAAUGCAAACCGCAGAUCCUGCUUGGGGAGAAUUUGCAGGGCGAGUCUUACAAGAUGGACCUAAUCCUCGGAAUGGAACAAAAUCUGACAAAGCCCAUCCUCCAAUUCAUCCAAUUAAAUACACAAGUGGUUUAUCAGGUGCAGAGCAGAAAGUUUAUGAAUUUGUGGUGAGACGUUUCCUUGCCUGUUGCUCCAAAGAUGCCCAGGGUCAGGAAACUAUUGUUGAAAUUAACAUUGCAGAUGAAUUGUUUGUGGCAAAUGGUUUAAUGAUUACUGCAAGGAAUUAUCUGGAUGUUUAUCCCUAUGAUAAAUGGUCUGCAAAAGAAAUUCAUGUGUAUGAAGUGGGUGGGCAGUUCCGGCCCAAUAUUGAAAUGGCUGAUGGCACCACUUCUCCCCCAAAAUUACUCACUGAAGCAGAUCUCAUUGCUCUUAUGGAAAAGCAUGGCAUAGGCACUGAUGCCACUCAUGCUGAUCACAUCGAGACAAUCAAGUCAAGGUUGUAUGUAGGGUUAGAAAAUGAGAAGUUUUUUGUUCCUGGUCAUUUGGGAAUGGGCCUUGUUGAAGGUUAUGACAGCAUGGGUUUUCCAAUGUCCAAGCCUAAUCUUAGAGCUGAAUUGGAGGCAGAUUUAGUGAAAAUAUGUGAAGGGAGAAAAAAUCCUGAAAUUGUUCUGAAAGAGCAAAUUCUAAAAUACAAAGAAGUUUUUGAAGUGGCACUGCAGCAGGCUGCAAAAAUUGAUGAAGCUCUUGCUAUUUAUUUACAAGAACAACCCUGUCAAGUGGAAACAAGUGGCAUAGUUAUUGCUGACCUGCCAAGUGUUGUUUAUAAAUGCCCAGCCUGUGGUUCAGAUAUGGUUCUGAGAACAAAACGAGAUGGCAGUGGGAAGUUUAUUUCUUGCAUGAGUUAUCCACAGUGUAAAACAGCAGUGUGGUUUCCAUCUAUUGUCGAGGCCGUUGAUGUAUCCAAUGACACAUGUGCACAGUGCGGUCCAAAUUACCAUAAACUAAAAUUUAAAUUUAGAAGAGGAGCUUUACCAAGUUAUAGUGUCCCUGAGGAUACUUUAUGUAUUGGUGGUUGCGAUAGGGAUUUGCUUGAGAUUCUGAGCAUUAAUAUCGCAAAUGUACGACCCAGUGCAAGUUCAUCACUGGGAAAUACACAAAGUUCAGCAAUUAAUUCUAGUGACAGUAGUGUAAAUUCUGCAAGAGGACCUUCAUCCAAUAACACAUUGACAGGCAAUGCAUUCUUUCCUGCAAGUGAUAAUAUACACUUGCCUGGCAAUGCAAGAAAUCCACCACAAAACGCUCGUGGAAGAGGGCGUGGAGGGCAAGAUCGGGGACAGAGGUCAAUCAAGGAUAUUUUUCAGAGACCAGGAACAUUUUCUGAAACGUCUGUGUCAAAUGCAAGGUCUAACGCUAAUCCCGAUAGUUUUAUUGAUCAAACUAGUGAUGCCACAGUAAUGUGCAAUUGCAAUCAAGCUGCCAUUCAGCUGACUGUGAGGAAAGAUGGUCCUAACAAAGCAUCAUCAGCUUCUUCUCCACCUCAAAAUAGCACUGAAUGGAAUCGUAGGCAAACUGGUGCCUUUAGUAGUGAUAGUGGAUUAGGAAGAUCUGCUAAUACCAGUUCUUUUGGACAAACUCAGUUUCACAGAAAUCCUUCCCAUGGGAUGGCAUCAGACAGAUUUAAUUCUGUGACAAGCAAUGACUCCUUUAGUGGUACAUCGAGUUCUAGUGGAACAUCUGGAAGUGUAGGGCCAUCGUCAGUAAAUUCAACAUUUAAUUCUUUUGGAAGAUUUGCUAUGCAGAGCAAUAAUGAUACUAGUACUCCUUUCAAUGAGUCUGCAGAUAAUGCAAUAGUUUGUUCUUGUAAUGAAAACGCUUUGCUUCUCACCGUGAGGAAGGAGGGACCUAAUAAAGGUGCUGCCAAUUCGUAUGAUAAUGAUGUGCGGUGUCGAUGUGGGGGCCCUGGCAAAAGAUUAAUAGUUCAGAAGGAAGGACCAAAUAAGGGCAGGCCAUUUUAUACUUGCCCAAAGUCUGUAGACCAGUGCCAGUUUUUUAUGUGGGCUGAUGAAGGAAGUAGUGAUAGUGCUUCUGGAAGUUCAAGUAAUUGGGGAAGAAAUAACAGAGGAGGUCGAGGUGGCAGCAGUUCAUCAAAUUCAUCUGAUGGGAAGAAAAAGCGGAAAUGUGGCAAUUGCCAUGAAGAAGGUCACACCAAACGAUCAUGUCCCAAUAACUAAUCGCUCAUCCAGGUUGCUUUAAGAAAUGCAUAUAAUAAUAAUAAUAAUAAUGAUGGAAUUCUCAAAACAGUUUUGUACAUGUUCUGUAUUAUAUUUUAUCUAUAACUGUUGUAAAACUUUCUAAUUGUGUGAUGGUGUACCUUUAUUUAGAGCUUGCAGUGUAUAUUUUUGUACAUACUAAAACUUAAUAUAUUAUUUUUCAUAUUAACUUGAG